AUGGGAAGACUUUACUGCAGUAAAGAUGGCGGUAUCUCUGGCGCGCAUUUCAAACAGAUGAGCAGCUUUGAAUCGUUAAGCGGUCGUUGCCGGCCUUACGACGAUUUUACCAUGCCAAGGAACACCUGCGUUCCUGCUACAGCCAAGCGGAGAAGCAGCUUUAGCAAAGGUACAUCGUUCAGUGUUAAAUUGACGUGUUUAACCUACUCUAUAAGAAACGCGGCCUCAGUUCUUUCAACAUUAUUUAGCGUAGGCCUUUUCAUUACUAUUCCGUGGCAUUAAGGAAGGUUUUUAGGCGAUCUUUUACUUAACCAUUUGGGAAGAUCUUCAUGGAAUUUUAUUUCGCUGUUUGAUCUGCUGGGAAAACCUUGACUACCCUGUCUAAAGUUUCUAAUUCGUCUUGAAUUCUAAAACCAUAAGGGUUUGGUUUUGACAUCUUUACUCUGGUCACGUACAAGCUACAAGCUCAAACAGAUCUUUAUAUCUCUUAGAUUCCAACACAAACGAAAUCUGUGAAAUAAAUACAGCUUAGAUCAACUCUGAGUAGAACUUGCGCCUUGAAAUCAACAGCUGACGAUUUCAAACUUAAAUUCUCUAACACCAUGCUGUCAUGUUAAAUGGAUUAUUAAUGACAAGAAUAGGCUUUAAUUAAUUUCGCACCCAUGUUUGAGUUUUACGAUUUCACAAUGUUCACAUUUAGGCUAGGACCUGUUCGAUUCACGAGCGGAAUUUUUUUACUCCUGUUAAAUAGUGUUCGACGAAAACCUCGCCAAAAUCACGAGUUUUUCAUUGUUUGCGGGAGUUUUUAGCGUCCUAAAAAAUUGUCUGACUGGGAAAACGAGCGUUCACUACCUACGAAAAUUAAACUCCAGCUGACCUAAAUGAAGCAAUUGUUACUGUGCAAUUUUCUCAAAGGUCUGAACUCUUUCCGGAUAUAUUUUCAUGAAAUUCAGUUCGACUCGUCAUUCAGUGCUGGGAAUUUAACGGUUUAAGUAAAUUUCCUCGGAUACCAACUGCGAUGGCACCACAUUCACUUCUGACGAAGGUAUGCAACAUAUUUACUCGAUAAAAUUAAAUAUUUUUUCGCGUUACUCGUCAUUUCGUGUGCGGCAUUUAAGACUCAACUUAGCAUAAUUUUUAAAUUCUGUUUGUAGUACACAAACCUUUUUCAAUGGAAGUUAAUCCCAUAGGCUGCUUCCGAACAAAGGUGGCAUAAUUGUGUUUGGCCAUCUAGGGCAGAACUAUGUUAACAAACGGGGUUAUAUAUUUGCUUAUUCAAGACUUUCUGUCUGAGUUUAUUAUUUCCAGCCUUUGUACCUUCAGAAUCUUUCACGAACUUCUCAUCAUGAGUGUCCAAAGUCGCAAAUAGAAGUUUACUUCAAGUGACACCGAAACUUUUUUACCACCUCUCGGAAAACUUUCAGAUGCAAAUGAAAUACCCGACGAAUUGCAUUUUAAUUACAAACCACUCGACGUCAUCUCCAUCAGCACUUUAAGUAAACAAACGUAUCUCUUGAUGCAUUUUACACGCGUCAUCUACUGAAAGUUUUUCUUUUUGGCCUUUUCUACGUUUAUGUAAGCUUAUUGUGAAAGACUUAAAUCAGUUUUAAACUCAAUGUUUUGGCGAUAACAGAGUUUCAUUUGCGAGGUAUUGAAGGUAAUAGCGAGUUUUCGACUUCGCUGCGAACCGCUAACCGCUGAGUUUCUCAGAUAUUUUAAAAUUUAGCGGAACUAAUUGUUCCUAUCGCGUCAACACAAUCUGCUCCCUCCAAUAAAACUCUGAAAACUUUCUAUAGUUCACUUGUGCCUACCAUUCCAAACAGUGUUUGUUUACAAACCAAACUUUAAACGUCAAAAUAACUUGUCAAGUUGGGAUGUUAUGCGGAAGUUCAAACCUAUCACUAUCGAGUUGUUUUAAAAUCUAUUUUUCUCGUCUUCUUUCCCCUGCGAUUGCGAGCUUUUGUAAGUUUCCGUUUUGAGGUAGAUUGUACAAUUAGGUUUUUUCAGUUGGGCAUUACUAUCGAAGCGUUCCGUUUAAGCUAAAGUAGACUGAUGUUUUCUUUUGAACGUUGCGGAACUUGGUGUAGCACUACAAUCAGUAACAUUUGAUUAAUACAGUCUUAAUUUUAUACUCGAGCACUUGCAAGGCCUGUGACUCUCCCUUUGAGACCUUUUGAUGAUCGGGAUACAUUUGGUUGCUAAGAAACAUUCCUGAAGAUUGCGGGCUCAACUCAGUCAGUUGUAAAGUUGAGGAUGUUCCCAGCCUUUUCCGAGCCUCGUCAAUUCUCUUGUCAUGAACAUCUGUGACAAAAACAGAAUAUUGACUUCACAACAUUUAGGUUCUUCUUCUAGACGGACAGUUGCUCCCUUAGGCGGCAUAUGGAAUUUUCUUUUUAAAAAGCCUCGCUUGAUAACCAGGGCAGCUUCCAGAGGGCGCUGGCUGGCUAAUCUUGUUUCAAAAUGGGCUCCCGCGUGCACGCCUUGACUUGAGACUUAGCUUUAUAUUUCACGCGCUGGUUCCCCUUUUUUUUCUUAUAGAAGUGAACAACACAAAAAAACUGUCUCUCUGCGCAGCCAGCUGUAGCAUUUGAGACUAACCCGACUUAUGGUUUCAGCUGAUUUUCUAAAUAUAACUUACGUCAGAGUAAAAUAAUUCAUGAUUUGUUUUGCCCACGAUGCGGAAACGCGCUUCAAACAUGUCAGUUAAUCCAGGGAGUAGGAAAUGGAGUUCACGUCAUAGUUUUUUUUUUCGCAUACGUCUUGGAAACACGUUUUAAAUUCGUUGAUUAAAUGAUAAGAAGUAAAUUGGAUUCUUGUCGCUGUUCACUCACCAUCAAGGCAAAAAUCCCAAACGAGUUAAUUAUCUCAUGAAGCUGAUGAGAAAGGAAAGUGUCAUUUUGGUAUACUGUGGAAAUAUUUUUGAAAGGUUGUUUUCACCUUAAAUAAAUACUACAAACAAUAUUAUUUGUGUUGGUUAUGAUAGUUCAUACAAUAAAAUUUAAAAGUAAUUUCCUAAAACUUUUCAAUGCCUCUCAAUUAGGUCGAUUCAGCCAAGGUAAAUGAUAUUAUGUCAGACAGGAUAAUCUAAUUUCAUCAAAUGAGUUGAUAAUGUAAAUUGACCAACGUUAAGAGUUUCUAAAGCUUACGUUUCGAGCGUCAGCCCUUCGUCAGAGCGAAUUGCUGACUAAGGGGUUUACCGUGAUCAGCUUACAUUAUCAAGUCAGUUGAUAAAAACGAAAUUAUUUCGCAAUACCCUCCUCCAACAACGCAGCACCAUUGAUGAUAAUUUAACCUAAGUAUCAAUUUUUUUUAAUAGAAUCUUGAAUAAACAUGAACAAAACAGCGACGAUUUUUGAUCAUGAGACGGUGUGUGGGCGUCUCAAAAGUAAUCUCUGCAUUGAAAUUUGUUUAGUAUGGAGCAAGGAAUAUUUUCUUUGUAAAGAAUGUUUAUGACACUCCUUUUUUGCGGCUUGCUAAGGUUAUUGUGAAUGCCGAGUGCUGUGGUAAAAUGCUCGGAAACUCAAAUUGGCUUGUUGUGAUAAUCGAAUUUAUUUACAUUUCAGCUUUCUCAGCAUAUUCGCCCUCCAACGGCUUUCGGUUUCAGUGGGUUUUAUGAUCUCAUGCCGGAUACUAGAAUUCCCUUUUGAUGGUUCUAUUUAAACUCUCAUAUUUUUUUAAGCUCUUCGUAUUUGACCUGUGUAGAGGAAGCUUUCUUCGGUUCUUUCCCCUAGGGAAGUUCAUAUCUACCGAAAUUUUUCUUAUAUGCAAAAUUCAGGAACGGAAAAUCUAGUUUGUUUUUUCAAAAUUCCUUCACCGACGUCUUAAAUGUUGUUGAGUUAAUUGAUGUAGUUGUUUGUGAAAGGAUUUAUGUCUAACAAAUAUUUUAAGACUCUUAGAUGCUUUAGCUUACUCAACAAAAAUCAAUCGUUAGUUACCGCGUGUGAUGACAGUGGAAAGAGCUUCUCUCUGUGUCGGUCAGUUCAACGAGACCGCAGGCCACGACCGGUCGAUGUCCUAGUUUUCCUUGAAUUAUCGGUGCCUGGUCAUUUUGAUUAGUUAGGAGAAUAAGCAAACUAGUCAACGAUUUAAUGAGUUGCCGAUCGAAAACAUUCUCAGAUUAAAAUCACAGGAAAGAGUCGGGAACAAGCAACGGGGAUUGAGAACUGCUUAUAAAAUGAACAGAAAGUGAAUAAGAGCAAUUAUUUUAGGAGUAAAUGUUUUGCGGUUAAAAUUCGUGAUGCGGCAAAAACUUCUAAUUUCCUUUUUGUGGUUUGACUCCAAGAGAUAUUUACAGAGUUUUUCCGGUAAUUUGCGGUAUUGUUCUUGUUUAUCGCGCCUACACGCCCAGUUUCUUUUGUUUUUGAACUGCAAUUGAUAUUCAAUUGAUUUACGAGUUCACAGUCUGACUGAGAAACACAAGUGUCGUUUGUUUCGCAAGAAGUGAAGUGCUAAAUGUGUUUCAGUCAAGUCCACUCGCAGAGAAGCAAUAUAACACGCACGUCGCGCAGAGAAGACUUUGCUGUUCAGGUCUAAACAGGUCUAGAUGCCGACGGCGCAAAUGCGUCUUCGAAUCCAACGUACUAGAUCCUCUUCUAGGGGUGAGUACACUUUCAAAUUUUCCUUUAAGAGUUCAAGAAACAGAUAUUUCCGCUGUGUCAGUGCGGUAGAUUCGUUGCUAUCAGCUUCAUUGCUAUCUGAGAUAUCAGUAUGCAAUUUGUUUGUUGUUCAGUUUGCAGGCAGCACAAUGUAAGAGCUAAAGAGUAAUGUUAUUUUUGAUGAGUGUAGUAUUAUAGGCUUUGCUGAGAAUUUGAGUGUCUUUAUCUUGAGACUGUCGCCACUGAGUUGUUUAAGUUUCCGUUGUCCCCUGUUCGAAGAAUUACGUUUCCGCGACUCUGUCAGGAAACGGUGCAUGGAACUGGCCCAGUAUUUCAAGUUACUCCAAAUUUAUUGUGAAAAAGGUUGAAAGAAAUAACCCGUUCGUUAAGACUCGAAUUAAACUUUACCAAGUCGUCGAAGGAACAUGCUUCAGCAAAUUCCUGAGGAACAAAAAUAUAUUGACAAUACAUGAGCAAAACUUGAGAAUAUUUCCUAAGAAGUUUCGUGUAACCAAGUUUAUCAAUAUAUUUUGUAAACCAUUUCUGUUCUAAGACGCUUCCUGAUAAGUUCUUCGGCUUCAUGAUGGAGUAUUAAGUUCUUGCUGGGUCACUGGCGAGGGAUGAAGUGUUCUUGUCGCGUUUGAAGAAGCAUUAAUUAUAUUGUACAUACGAGUGAGCGUUACUUAGGUUUCGCUAGAAUGAACUCAUUCAAAUAACUUUAAGUUUUAAAAUUAUAGUGUGGCAUAGACAAAUUGCUCAUUUUCUGCUCGGUGUGUUUGAAAUUUUAUCCACAUCAUGAUAAUGUGGCUUUUUGUUACUUUUCGUGCGCUAGAUGGACCAGCUUUUGUUUCAAAACGUAAAAUUACUAUUAUUAGAAAAAUCGCACAUUUAAGAAGUUAAAAAAAAGGUGAAUACUGCAAUUGGACCUAAUAGUGGAAAUAAAUGCGUGGCGUUUAUCGCUAAUGGUAUUUUCUGUAGUACCUGUUGAUUGUGUGGUUAAAUUUUAUUGAUUCAGCUUCUGAAGUACUUCCCCCCUGUCGUCUGCCCAAGCAUUUUUUAAAAUUCAAACUCGAUGAGAGAUCGCAUUUAAAAUAGCGUGUGAGCAGUGCCUCACUGUACGAGCUUUCUUCACCCGCAGGAAGGUAGGGCACCUCGGGCAACGCAACCCGGCGAGACGUCUGGAAGGGGUCUGGCACUAAUAUCAGUGCCCGAAUCCUUGGCUACAUAGAAGAAUAGUAACAAAUUUGUUGUAACAUGGUAGCUCAAUUUCAAAGCUUUAGAAACCAUAUCGAUGGGUGGCGGUCAUUCUUAACUGUUUCGAAAUAUCAAAGUAAACGUGACAAGAACAACUUAAUUUGAUCACAGAAAGUCGAGCAAAUUUACCAUUGCUGAUUGAGCCUAUAAUCAGUCUCAUUUACUGCGCUUACAGUUUUCAACCCACAAUACUUUUCUCGUACACUAUUCGCAUCAUUUUUCGAAUGAGUCUCUACUUCAAUCAGGAUUUCUUCUGGCUCUCGUAUGAGCAUGAUACCUACUGCAAUACACGCGUGUGAAAAGUUGUUUGCUAUCCGUUGACAAUAAGUUGAUCGGAUACCUCAACUACAAAUGACAUGUAAGCCGGAAGUUUCAGAUUUUCGUUGUAUUAAACCACAGAAAACCGUGACUGUAAAAAGAUUUCUUUGUUUUUUUCGCUUCCCCAGCCGGAUUUACUCUAAGCUAGUUCGUAAUUUUUACUCAAGUUCUGUGACAGCUAAAUCUCGAGUAGCUUGAGGAUUCCAACACUGAAUUGUACGCGGGACAACAACUUUUCCUUCUGGAAAAUUUGGCUAAAAUGUUUCAAUUUCGUCAUUUGGAAUUUCGUGUCAAGUCUUUCUCCUUCGGCCAUCCUUGGUCCUUCUUGGUCAAUCAUCGACUUUUUUUGUGUUUUCCUACCCUAGCAAACGAUAAUGUCAGGAUAUUUCUUAUCGGCCGAGUUAGUAUAUGUUGGCACGUACCGGAUAAAGCCGGCAAACAUCCCAUCAGCGGUCGCUCUUUCCGCCUACUCUUAUCUCAUUCAUUGGCGCCAUUGAAGUUUCUUAGUCCCGUUUAAGCACUCAAAAGGUUAUCUCGAUGCUGGCAAAAUUCACUGUGGGCCGGAGAACUCAGAAGGAUUGGAAAAGCUGGGAAUAGCACACAGGGUAAAGUCUACACUUGUCACGCGAGAGGAAACUGAAGAUAUAAGAGUAAUGUUUCAUGGUUAACUCCAUUUUUAAGUCCACGAGAUUAUGAACAACUUUGGCGGGGAGUUUUAGCGGAACGAAAAGUAUCAACAGACGCCACAGACUUUUCCAAACUUUACGAAUAAAAGGCGAACUGAUCACGUGGCUUUCACGAAACAUUUUUGUCUCACCAAGCUAUCCUCUUCAGCUCAAAAGAUAAUAUUCUCAUUGUUUACUUUACGUGACUCUGAUAAAGUUGAGAUCCACAGUCAUGGAAUUAACGUUUUAUUUGAUGUACUGUCAACUAUGUUAACAGUAUGUCUCAUGGGGAAAAGUCGUAUCAAAAUACUUCAUGCCUAUACGUGACAGUCAAAGAUAGAGUCUGAUAACCUAACUUGUCUUAGCCCGGGAAAAUGAUACAGUUUUAGUGUUCUUUUUCUUCCGUUUUAACUGACUCGUUGGUGAACAGCUAUCUUGUUCAGCCAUAGGAUACUUGUCUUUUGAGUGACAGUGACUGAAAUGCUCAAUGUCUGUACGUGAUUGUCAAAGAUAGAAGCAGAUAAACUCAUUAAUAAGGUUCAAGUGUUCCGUUUCUCGCGACUAAAAUGAGCUUUAGGUGAAAAUCUUGGUGGUUCCAACUGUGUUUUGUCUCGACACUGCGAUAAGUUUGCACCGGAACUGAGAUGAAGCAUGGCCAUUUUUAUCAAAACAGAUAUCGGGGAACGGUGAUAUAACAGGAUAUAACAUUAUCUGGGAUAUUUCCCUCUUAUAUUCAGGUUGUUAAAGGUACUUAUAUGUCAAAACGUCAUAAAUUGUGCAGCGUCCAUCUUGAGUUGAAAUGUUUAUGUCUCCCACUGUACGCAAAAAAUUUCAGACACACCUUGUUUGUAGUGUUCCGAAGUUACAUUCAUGGGCGUCGACAUACUAAAACCAACAUUUUCAUCCAUUGUUUUCUGUGACGAAGUUUUUUAUUGUCUAGUGACGCCAAACUAAAGAAACAACACGUGCCAAGGGCGCGAAAACGUUAAGGUUCGAAGUGAUUGGUUUGGGUUUCCAUUUGAUUGGCAGUUAAAAAAACGGGGAUUUCCCUUGACUAAUGUUGAGUAUAGAGUUGCACGAUAAGUUUGGCUUCGUCAUGUCUCAAAAAUCCUCAAGAUUGGAGAGCUGCCAAAGAUAUAGGUCACUAAAAAUAUUUAGACAAAAAAAUUGAAAAGGUCAUACUCCUACAUAGAAAUUUCGGUUUGCUUUCAUCGCGGAUUGACUGUACAUUUCAUCGCCAUUUUUCUGGUGUUUAAUUUUAAAUGCUGUUUUCGUUUUUUGUUGCUUUAUGUGUCAAUGGUGUGUUGAAAGAGUCAAUAAGUCAUCUGGACUUAGGAACAAUUUAGAAAUUCUUCAAUUCUGUUAUUCUGCGCUUGUAUGAUGGAGCUUUUUUUUCAAUGUGUAUGUUUCUUGCUGUCAGGAAACGAAGCAUACCAGCUUCUAUCCAAACAAGUUCUCGUUGUGUGCCGUUUGAAGCGUAAUAAACGAUUAAAAUUUCUCUCGCUAACGUCGUAUGUUCCAAGUAUUAUUGAUCGCAAAUUGCAUUGGAAUUAAAAUUUGGCAAUGAAGAACAACCGUGCUGGUCAGAAAAACCUCGAAAAUCAAUUUGCUCGAAGCUUUUUCCUUCACUCUGCUAAGUUAAAACACAGUUCUGAAGACGAUUGCAUCUAGUUUCGUUUGGAUUCCUUCACCGAUAGUUCAUUCUUCAACCGAAUCUUGUAUUGUUCAGUGAUAGUAACCAAUCAUGGCAUUUUUUUUUCUCUACUGACAGCCAAUCAGAUGAGGUACUCGCACCACAUUUCCCGCGCUUACAUGGUACCGUGGCGUUUUCCCGCGCCUUGGUUCCAGUAACAUGUUUUCAGGUUAUGGUUGCAUGUUUCCCGCGCUUCGCACUGGUGACCGGUGGCAGAAUUUUCCGCGCGCUUCUUCAUGUUUUUGCCUCGUGACAUAUUUUCCCGGUUUAACAAGGACAUGUUUGUCGUGCAGGUUCAUUCACAUGUUUUCCUCAAACCAGUACCAGUUAUCAGGUACCAGUUGUAUGGUUUCCCGCGCUUGGCACCACUUGCAGAGUUGCACUACGCAGCAACUUCUAGUAGAAGUAUGCUGUAAAUUUUGUCGGCUUUUUAGAGUCGAAUUUCCAUGCUAUAGUAAACUAUAUCUGUGCUUUCACAAGACAAGACUGCACUCAAUGUUAUCCGAGAUAAAACUGAUUUGCUAAUUUUCUGAGUAGUUGAUACAUAAUGAAAGUUUAAACUGUUAAAGGGGCAGUGUAUUGCUUAACUUCUUGCAAAUUUCUGUCUAAUCGAUUCAACAAAUCUUGACUGUAAAUUACGUCUUUUUUGUUAGAAUGCGUUCAUUUAAUUGUGAUCAAAAGCCUUUUAAAUGCGCCACCAUACCUCCAGACAGAAAAUUCCUUGCGUUUUUUCACACGCUUCAAACUUCUGAGUUUUUAUUAUAACAACAAUAAGAAAUUAUCAAACAGUAGAUUAUUUCUUGAAUUUCAUGGCAAGAGAAGGAAACUCGUCCAAAAAUAACAAAAACUGUUACAUAACGAGAGGUCCUGAAAUCGUCUUCGAGUUUGUGAGAAAAAAGCUGUGGCCUGCCGAAAGAGUCGUGCGUGGGUUUCGUUUGUCUUUUGUGUUUAUGUUAUGUAUCAAACCAUUUAUCAACCAAACAUUCCAUUCUUCAAUUAUAGCACAAAGGGAAGGAGUGUGUUUAUUGUUCCCCUUGAAAACGUCAAUUAAAUCGCACUCAAUCGCAUUUCUUUUUUGACGAGUCCAUUUAGGCGGAACGUAAAAACCCGAUUAACAUACUACUUCUGAAGAGUUGUUAUUGAGAAACAUUGACCUUUAAAAUGGGUUGUGGUAUAAUUUGUGUGCGUUGCUGUAGCUUCGCUCCGAUAACAAACGGACGAUAUUUUUGUCUGGCCUGUAACUGGGAGACACCUAAUCUGAUUGAAGAAUGUGCUGGCGACGCCCAGAAACUUAAGAUGUUACUUUAAUAAUCUGUUCCUGUCCUACAUCAGAUUUGAUUUAGGGUUAUUUCUGGACGAAAUAACUCAGCUUUUUCCCAGAUGUUUAUGAAAAGAGAUCAUUUGAUACCCAAUAUUGAAGUUUUAAGUGCAGUAAAAGCUUGGCUACUCUGCAUAUUUCGACCCAGUGAGGUUCAAACUCGAACACAGCGGGUUGAAAUAUAGCGAGCCAGUUUUCUUUCGUUUAGUGUGACACAUAUCUAUUUCCGUGACCACCAAAUUGAUUUUUUUCAAUCAAAUUUCGAUCGGCGCUUGUGCCCUGACCUCAAUACCACCAGCACUCGUCAAGAGAGACGAGAUUAAAUCUUAUCUUGUCAUAAUGGUAAAAAGCAAAAUUGAACGGUAUCUCAGCUUAGGGAUUGGUAGAUAUGUUAAUUGUCGCGCCAAAGUCGCAACUCUCAGCGGAAAAAGUAGCUUUUAGGGAAAUAUUCGCCUGCCAGCAGCAAACUCGAGAGUCAGUGAUCGCAUGGGCGUUGAAAUGUACAUCCUGGUAGAUUACUAUCGUUGUCAAGGCUGUCAACCUUUUUACUCAUGAACUAGCGUAAACCAAUCAGGGCAGUUUUUUGCUGAUGAUUUUCUUCGAAGCGUGUCGGAAUUGUUUUGGGAUGUUGACGUCUCGUCAGUUGAACUGAAAUGCCUCGCGGUGCGUGGCGCGUGAUGUCUUUGCAACAUUCGUUUUGUCAGAGCGUGAUCGCGUAUCAACGCUAAUUGCAGCUCAUAAUUGAUGAGGUUUAGCGGACAUCUUUGCGUAGAAACCGCUCUUUUGAGCUCGGGAAAGCGACUAUGAGCUCAGGUAAAAACAGCUGCAUUGUGGUCUUGUGCCAUUUUGUCAGUUGUGGGUUUUUUUAGUGAUCCGAAGACAGUUCUUCGCUGUGUCGUGUAGAGUUUUCCUCUGUUAAUGGUGUAGCGGUGAAUCUCAAUUUGGAUUUGUUCUCAAUCAAACUUUUCUCCUCCAGGACUUAAAGGGAAACUUUUUGGUGGCAGCAAAGUGAAAAGAGCCCGCUCGUUUUCCGGUAGAGAGAAACAGAAAUGGACGCCAGCGAAAGACGCGAAAGAAGGUAAGUCAAUUUUAAAUCGGAAGUACACAUUUAAUGAUGCCUCAGGUAUUUUCUCUGUUAUUCUUCUAAUAGACUUUUAAUGCUCAUUUAGAUUUUAUUCUUAAGAAUUAUUGCUGAGUAAUUUCAUGCGUUGAUGUCCCUAAGGUUAUUGUAGUAGCGAGAUAUUCGUUGUUUUAAGUCCUCCGCAUUUUAUCAUUGAUAUUUUAAAAACAAUUCAUAAAUUACAGGGAAAAAAUUUUUACAAAAGCCCUGAGGCGCUGUAGUGGGGAACACAUUUUUCAUGUCCGCGUGUUGAUUGUGGUUUUGGUCUCAGAAAUAAAUCAUCGUCUCAAAUUUGAACGCCUCAGAAUACCAAAGAUCUUUUUGCGGAGAAAAGUCACGUCUACUUGAGAUUCUUGUUUAGUAUUUGAUUUUUAAUAUUGUUAAAGGUUAGCCGUGUGUAACCACACUUAAUGCCUACACGCUUUAUGCUGUCUCGCUGAGCUGAACAAAGCCUUAGUCCGAUAUUUAGCCUUGAAAAGCACAGCUAGUUUGAGCAGAUCUGUUCUCUGUUUCUGUUGGGCACAUUCGUCUCGCGUGAAGCCUCCAUUUUUACGAAAUUCAGGCGACAAUGUUGGAUUUUAAAGAGUCAAAAUGUGCCAUUGUAGGUAAGUUCGGAGCGAUAUGUUUAGAACAGACUUGCGCGCGAUGUAUGUUUGUUAACCGCGUUCGUCGCGCGCGGUCGAACUUAGGAUCAGUAAUCAAAGCUAAGUGACUUAUUUUUUAGAGCGGGUUGUUCCUAAACCGUUAUUCUCGAAAAGUAGCUAAGCGCAUUUGUCAUAAUGACCUCACAGCUUCACAGAACAAGGGAUUUACGCAAACACGAUAAACAAAGCAGUGCUUAUAGAAGACGCAAUGACAAAGGAAGUCUUUCGAGUCUCUUUGUUCGAAGCUCUUUCUAAAUCUUCAGUAUAACAGAUGUGACAAUGCGGUAGCAAUAAAUCUUUUCCUUCAGCGAGCUCGUCUUUGCUUGGUAGAGGUUCCUCUCUAAGGGAUGCGCUCUCAAAGAACACGGAAAAUUGUAAGAGGUGAAAUGAGACGGAAAAGCGAAGGAGGUACAUUUACAAGGUUUUGUUUUGAUUGCGAAAGUUUUCCUUCCUGUUUCUAUGUUUUUAAAACGGCUUUUACUGGGUUUGAGGCUUAAUCUUGGUAAUUCUGUCCAUGUAUGGAGGGAUAUUGUUAAGUUUUUUUUCGGGUGAAAUGCAACGUCUGAAGUGAUCUAAGAUCCCUUGCUAAUUGGUUUUAAUAUUUAACACCCCCCGAAAACGAAUUGUCAAUUUCGUGUCGAUUUUGUGCGCAUCAGAAAUGCGUGUUUUUGUCUCACAGCAACUGACGCGAAUUUUAUCAGAUUAAGAUAUGCCAAACACAAAGAGCUGGCCCAGAAUUCUAACGUAACGCUUGUAGUCUGAAUACAUUUGAUGCCAUCAGUUUGUUUGUCUCGAGCUCCUAACGUAAAUAUUGCCGGCUGAGUUUACGGACGCUGUUACUUAAGCCAAAUUUCUAGAGUUGCCACUGGACGGUGGUUUCAGCUCUUGUCCCGUCUCCCAUGACAUGGCCACCGGAACAUUAGAGUGAUGUUGCUGUUUUUAAGUGAUGGGGGAUAACCAGACCUUUCUUGUGCGUUACACUAAAAGGCAGAAAUGUAAGUGCUUUCCAGUUUUAGUUGUAAUUACUUCUAAGUAAACGAGAGAGUACAUUCGCUGAUUUUGCAUAUGUUUCAACGAUCGUUCGCGGGGGCCACUCCAAGUUGUGUGUUGCGUGGCGAAAGUUCUUUCCGGCUUCCCACGUCAAAUUGGUUGCAAAAAUUUCGCUUUUAAUUUAUAUGCCAAUAAUUAAAGAAAUGCGUUACCUAUCUCAUUCACAAAUUUGACAUGAUGGAAAUUGUAACAGAUACCAGAACACCGAAAUGGGGUACGCUGCUCGAUUGACAAGAGUUUUCCCAUUCGUUUUAAAAGCUUAUUAUUCUUACAGUUGGGUUUAAGCGAAAUUGUAAGAUGUAUUUGUGCACGAUCUUUGGGGAAUCAUUGCAAGAAACGCCAUAUAUUUCACUCGGCAUUUACGACCGUUUAACCGCUUGUAGACGGUUAAAUCCAUCUUCCUUCCUUUCGUCGAGUUGUCAUACCGUCAUUUAGGGAACUUCAUCUUUUUGGCACAAUGUUCGGUAGCGUGACAGGUUUGAAACUCAAUGUUAUUUACCCCGCGACAAAUCUUUUACAUGUAGUUUUCCAUUUCAUAAUUUUUCCAAUUCAAUGUAUUUUUUAACAUAGAUCACUUUGCGUGCAUUCCCGUAAAGUAACGACAAUUCUACGUUUCUAAAAUUUCGAUUGUAACUUAAUCCCAGCAAUCACUCUUGUGGGUAAAAUAAUAAUAAUGACACCGCUUGCCGACGAUUCACCAAAGUACACAAUCACAGAUUUCUACAUUUACGAAGCUUCCAACUAAUAUUCCAUUCACUUCUUGUAUCACGGAGAAAACCGCCAUAUUUGUUUCUGACGUGCUGUGCACGGAUAUUUUCAUAACAUUUUUUUCAAUCCCUUAGCAAUAUGGUUUUGUAUUCGGACAUGUUUGUCAAGUUUGUGAGUUUAAAAUUUGGCCAAGCAACGAUAUAUGUAAAUCAAGUUUCAUAAACACCAAGCUGUUUGUGAAAAAUUUAUGAUAGAUUUAUCGUCGUAACUCGUGAUUGCGAAUGAGUUAAGAAAAUAUUGAAAACUUAUGCACCUAACAAUCAUGGACACUUUUCGUUUUGGGUCCAUAGUCACUAAAUGAAGCGACACAGUUGUUGUACAUGCUCGGGAGAUUCUUCGAAUUUUAUGUAAAUACGCCAAAUAUCCUACUACGGAAUUUAAACGCGGGUGGUAAAAGUCAAAUUUGUGAUCGCGAAACAUCGUUGUACGGCAUUUAAAAAGCACAUCGAGUGCACUUGUUUCCAUUCAAGGCUUAAAUUUACAGAGAUUGACGAGAACACUUUUAUCACGUAUUUAGAGAGACUCAAGCCAAACCGCACUUCCAAUUAAGUUGCUAAUUCGUGUUUGUUGUCGAAUGUUAAUCAAAUUUUUCUGGUUUUUUUGUGUUUUUGCGAUAAGAAUCCUUUCCUAACAAUGCCUAGUAUCCCUAAUACAAAUCAGUUUCAUUUAAAUCAGUUCAGCGACCAUUACAUCUCUACAUUUUUACUGUAGAAACAAUGGUUACUUUUUGAUAAUCAGUUUAUCCAAAAUACAGGUUUUCCAUCCACUUAAAUUGAGGUUUUCUGAUUUAUUGGAACAAAAUUGGUUGUUGUUUCUUUUCAAAUUACUGACUUCCUGUUUUUUCUCUGAAGUUAGACAUUCUUUACUUUUAAUUGAGAAUACAGAAUCAUUUUUUGAGCCAAAAAAUGUGGUACUUAGUCAUGUGAGCUUAAAAUUUGAAGUUUAUUUUGAGUCAAAAAUACACAUCUUCACUUUUGAAAUAUUGGAAUAAACAUAUAUUUAGAUAUAUAUUGUAUGUCUGCUAUAAAAAAAUAUUGGUUUUCAUAUUAGUCUGUGGUUUACUGUGAAUUUGCAUCAUAGCUUGUUUAUGAUUAGUUUUUAUAAACAAAGAUCCUUCUAGAGAUAAAUCUUUGCGAAGACAUUGUAAUCAAAAGUGAAAUGUAUUAAAUUUAUAUACAAAAGAUGAGUGCUAUCGUGACAUUAUAUAACACGUAAAAAUUUCAUCGGAAAUAUUUGCAUGGAUAGGAAACAGUUUUGAAGAUCAUACUGAGCUUAUCUGUAGUUAAGCUGGAUCUAAGGGUUUCUGAUAUUGAGGUCAUCCUUUUGUGCUUUAACAUUACAACUGUAUCUAAGGUACUUUUAUGCUCCAGUAACUUUUCAAGCCUCAGUGAUGUAUUCUUCAAAGUUCAACAAUCUUGCUGUCAAAGUCACAGUAGAAGCAAUUGUAUUUUAUUUCAAAGUGAAAGGUCAAGUAUUCCAAAGCUUUGAAUUAUAAUCUCCUUAUUCCCUUAAGUUGCGUGACCUGAUAAGAGGCAAAAUUCAUUUCAAUAUAAUUAUUUAUAGGUUUAUGUCGAGUUCUGGAGGUUUUCCUUUUAUAGAACCUUGUCCUAAUGAUCACCUGGGGAAUGGGGGAAAGUGGGUGUUGUAGACAUGGUCAUUAUAAGGAGGAAAGGUUCAAUAUGAAACUUUUUUCUAUCUGUUGGGAAGGUUGAACAUUUUAUUCUAGUUGUCUAUUAGGUGAAAGAUGAUGUAAUUCAGUGAAUGACACAGGCAUACUUGUAGGAAAAAAGAAUCUAAGUGCUUUCAAUAGGAGUCAAACCCAUGACCUUCUGACUAGUACCUUGGGCACACUACCACUGAACUACAGGAGAGUUGUGGUGGGCUAGGCUAUCAACUAGGUCUAUGGAGACAAACUUCCUGUAUAUUGCUAGGAUAGGAAUGUAUAUAAAUAUAAGUUAUCAGUUAUUUAAAGUAACACAAUCAAUUUAUAUCAAGAAAUUAAAACAAGAACCAAAACUUGGGUCAGAAUUAAACUGAGACAAAACAAGUGAUACACAUGUUACCUUGGUGUAUACAAUUUUUUCUUCAAGGCUAAUUUACAAAUGAUGUACUUUAUCUUGCAAAAAAUAGAGUUGUUAGUAGGUGUCUGGUUUAGAAAGUUAUUCUUUGACAGAAAAGACAGCUAAGGUGAUAAAUUAACUGAUGAUGUUAGCUAACACCCUUUAUGUCUUUGCAGUUAUUUUUACCAAAUUCUACUUGUUAUUUAUUUAGCUUGGCUUUUUUAUUUCUUACUAUCUUUUUAUUGUAUAAAAAAGGAACGGCAUUUGAUCAUUAACCUUUUGUGAAAAAACAAGUACAGUUUGUUUAGAUGUUUAGAAGAUAUUGGAGGGUUAGUGUUCUUUCAUCUCUGGAAUUUUUAUGCUAAAUGUUCAUCUGAUAUUGAUUGGGAAGAUGCUUGGAGGCAGAUGUGCUCUUAGAUUUUUUAUAAACACACUCAUCAAUUCUGUUCAACCAUCUCAAAGAGAAUGUAAUAUUCCGAUGCAACCAUUGACUUAAACAGAGACCAGUUAAAAUAGGUGAAUCUAUUUUAAAUACUGUUACAGUAUAAAUUUUAUUAAAUUGAACAAAAAAAAUAUAUUGUUAUUUAACUCAGCCCUUGAGUUGGUUUUUCAAACCAUGUUAAUUUUUUUGUGAUAUUUCUUCUUUUAUGCGUAUCAUAAAAAUUGACUCUUUAACUCCCAUGAGUGACCAAGACAGACUUUCUCCUUACAAUAUCAAUACAAUAUCAAUCAGACAAGUGAUGAGAAUAAAGAAAACUAUCAAUUUGGGGAUAAUUAAUUGAUCCAAUACCAAGUUCUCUGAACUAACAUUAUAAGAAUUGGAAGGUUGACGGUAAGGAGAAUUACAAAUUAAGUGUGAGAGUUAAAGGAUUAAACUGGUUUUGAAAAAGAUAAAACUAGACCAAAUAUUUGAACGAUAACAAAAAAAUUUGCCCUUGAUGAAGCAUGGCAAAUUGAAAUCAAUCAACAAAUUGUGUAAUUAUAAAUUCAUAUCUCAAAGUUAUUUUUUAUGUUGGCAUGUUUCUAUUCAUCAUCUGUCAAUUGAUGGGUUUUUUUCCCUUAUCUAUGCAUUUUUUCUGUCUUGGAAUCCAUGUUAUGUAGUAAAAUACUCUAAAAUUACCACUGCUGUGGAAUGAUAAAAUGUAUCUUUCUUUCUUUCUUUGAUUGCUAACUAAUAAUAAUUAAUAAGAUGUAUUUUUAAUUAACAGUGCAUGUGUAAUUGAUUUUGGAAAUCAACAAUGUCUGCAGCCAUUAAGAAAAUGAUUUUUAAAAAGAAGUCAUUUCUUCAAUUGGCUGUUGAUUUAAAACUGAAUACUAUCAAUCAGGUUGUAAAUCAAUCCAUUGUUAUUUAAUACUUAGAAAAAAGAUAUGUGAAUUUGCCUGAAUUAAUUAUAACUAGCUCAAGGUAGCUUAAUUUUGCUUGUCCAAAUAAAAAUUUUAAAAUUUAUUCUUAUCUGUAUUUCCUUGGAGUAUAAAUUAUUUAGAGGCAGCUUUUACUGGGUUGGGAAAAAUCAUAAAUUAUUAACUAAAAAACAUGAUGUUUUAUUUCUUGGAUUUGAAAUUUUUUAAUUUUGUAUGCAGUGUAUCAAAGUUGACAAGUUUUUUGUGCCUUUUUUGGUUUGUCUGUUUUAUUUUUACAUUACUUCUCAACUAAUGAAAGUAUUUACAAGAUAUUAUUGAAAGUAUCAACUCUAUCUGAAGUUAUGAAUCGAUUGUUCCUUUUCUGAACUAUUCUCUACAAAAUGUAGAUAAAACAUGUGCAUCUGUAAAUUUUGAAAUUUACUCUUUGUUGUCUUAAAAAAGCUUCUAAUCUUAUGCAGCCUCACUACCCAUUUUCCUUUUUUUUCAGUCAAUUUUUCCCCAAACUAAUGUGGAAAUGUAAAUAUUUUUGUUAUGACUUUUGUUCGACCAUAGUAUUUCUUCGCAGUAAGUUCUGUUCUAACAAGGAAUUGAGAAUUUACUCAAAAAGCAUUCAACUUAAUGGUCGAAUUUCCAAUGUUUUGUCUGGCCUUGAAGCUUUGAUGUGUGCAGUUCUUUAUUAUUUAUUUUUUAAUUAACAUUUCUUUGAAAUGUAAAUGUCGUGUUCCUUUGUAUUCUCUUUGAUAUGCAAAUUUUGUUGUUCACAGUUUGGUUAUUAGGAUUCAGAGAGCUGAAUGUGAGCCCCUCAAUUGCAGGUCUUUCUGACAUCUAUGCAUGUCAUUUUUUCAGAUUGAAAAUUUUUUAUUAUUUUGAAUCUAAACUUGCUGCUGGGCUAAAUUUUUUUAAUUGUUUUUGGAACUGCUGGCAAUUCUCUUCAUGCAAGGUUUCAAUAUUCUUAAGUGACAUCUGUAUGUGAAAAUUAGGAUCUUCUUAAGUACACUGUCUGUCGCCCAAGUUUUUUUUCUGUUGAGAAGAAGACCUUUUAUUGUGGACAAACUCUUCAAAAGUAUUAUUUCAAGUUUUCAAAUGGAAUAUGAAGCUUCUCAACUUUUCAAAACCAAUUAUGCAGGUUAGUUCACCUUGGCAGUUGUUGUUUAAUGCGCAGGAUCCCUAUCUCUGUGUCAUAGCAUAUCAAGGUGUUCUUUGAUGCUGAAAUCCAUAAUUGCUGUCCUUGUGAGCUCUGUAACUUGGUGGUUAAAUCAGUAUGAAGGGAAUGACAAGAUAUUUCUCCUUUUAUGUUUAAUUUUUAUAUUCUUAACACUUCUUCAGUUUGGUCUUACAGAGCUCCAAAAAAUAAUUCAAUCUUGAUAUGUAGUAAGGAAGAUGAUAUUUAAAGGAACUAUGUUGUUUUGCCUUUGGUAAAUAAAUUCUUCAAAUAACCAAUAUGUUUCUUAAAAGCUUUAAGUUGGUAACACUAGGUUAACUGCUGUUGUGAAUUUUAAAAAGCUGAAAUUUAGAGCUAAAGCUCUUUGUUUUGGCAAUCAAAACUUGCCAAAGUGGUCUACCUACCUUUAUGGGCCUAAAGUUGAUAACCAACAAAUUGUUUCACUUGCUAAUUUGUAUUCUUGAUUAUGACAAACUUUGUGUUUCAUUUUAGACACAGCCACCACUGUCAGUGAUUCAGAAGCCAAGACCCAUGCACGACGCCCAAGGAGGCGGACCACUGGAGGGUCAGAGACUGGGCAGGAGAUUGAAAAAGCAAAGAGAUUACAUGCACAGGGAAAUGGGAAUUCCAGUGAACCAGACAAUCAGGCUGCCCAGACACUUUCACGUCAGCAGAUUAUUGCCAUGGUAAAGAAGCGGUUUGGUUUAAAACCAGGAGAGCAAAAUGGUAACAAACCAAAUGGAAUACAGGAUGUGCCACCGGUAAGACUAUUUCACUUAUUGAGUAUAAUUGCACAACCUCCUUAAAUGCACUUUGGUUUAGUGACUGCAACUAACUAUAAGAAUGAGAAAGUGUGCUCUUAAAGGACUACUUUUCAGGCAUUAGGGCUGUUCCUUCUUGAAACCUGGGUGGCCACAAGUGGCUUAUUUUUGUCAUCAGAUGAACUUGCAAGAACGAAGCACCCCAGAUUUCUGGGACAAGAAGCUUCAAGCCCCCAUCCAUUCUUCUAAGAGCACACCUUAGCUGUGCCAUUCCAAGCCUUCCAGUGAUUGAACAGUGUACAUUGUAACUGUUAUGGUUACAGUGCAAAAAUCUUAGACUCAACAGUAAUUUUUUUUGUUUUGGUUUUUUAUUUGCACAAGUCCUAUUUGAAAACUUUUGCAUAUAAGCUCUUUUUCCAAUAUUUUGUUUGUAUGCUGUGAAACAUUGUCAAAUGCUGGCAAUAAAUAGUCAUUGCAUAAUAUGAAAAAACAUUUCAUCUUGGCCAAGAGAAUGACUAGAUACUUCUUGAAUUUUAAGAAAACUUGUUGAAUGUUCUGAUUGAGGCCCUGUUCACAAAUUUAAGAUGUUAGCAGUUUGACUUCUAUUGUAACAGAAUUUACAACUGCAUGUUCUCCAAUUGAUUUUAUACAAUAAGUACUAGUCAAAUACUUAUGAAAUAAAAAUUGUGAAAAUUGUGUAAGUUUGCAGCAAGUGAAGAGGCACUGAAUAUUUCUAGUACAGUUGAAAAUUACAUUUGUUUAAAAGACAAGUUGAUGUCUCAGGGUUUUGAAACUCUGAAUUUGUUCAAUUAAUAUUUCAUAGGAAGAUUUGGAAUUCUGUUAUUUCACUAAGGUAGUUUUAUCAACACUAAUCAGUGAGAGUUACCUGUGAACUAAGCCACUUCCUUUUCACCUAGCAUGGUUCUGCCUUCAACAGAUAAAAUUACAGGCUUUUACAACAUCCUUGCUUAUAACUGACCACCUAUUUGACCAUUGUAUUUGUUGGAGUUAAAUUUUGCAAAUUUUUUAAUAGAAACUCUAAAAAGAAGGAAAAAAUUUUACGUUAACUAAUCACAAAGCGCCUUUCAAUUUGCAUUUAUUUGCUAAUUUGUCUUCCUUGCUGUAAAUUUGUUUUGUGGUAAUUACAUUUUUAUAACCUUGUACUUAAGCCACACCAGUAAAAUAACUCUAGGUUGACCUGUGCUUGGACAUUUCCUUGCAUUUCUUUUUUUGGCUUUAUUUUUUGGAUGUAAAUCUCCUCCUAAAAAGUCUAAUCAUUGAUAGAUAAAUUUUUGUAAUUAUAUAAUACAGACACACUAAAAACAAAAAGUAUUAAGUCUUUUAGAAGUAUUCUUGCAUGUAUUUGCUUAUUUUUCUUACUGGCUUAGAUCCCCACCUUCAGACUAAUCUGUUAUUAUUAAUACCAAAUAUGGGUUGCAUAACAGGGUGGCCAGAUGAGAUUAGGACUAAGCCUGGUUUAUUAACAUGGGGGUUCCCUUUGUCUGUGGUAACUGGCAUGCAAAUUGCUCUCUGUGGGUCAUUAGCUAUUGUCAAGGCUCCAGCAUUUUACUGAGUUAUUGGUCAGCAUUCACUCAUUUUACAAUGGAACGACAAAGUUACAUGCGUAGGAUUAGGGUAUGUUUAUAUGAACCAGAGACUGAAAAUUCUUUGUUACCUUUGUUGCCUGUUAUAGUUAGUUUUUGUCCAAUUCAUUAUGUAGAUUUUUCAGCAAAAGGCCAAAUAGUGCCAAACCAAUCAUGUCUUUGUUAUGUUUUGUCAACACAGAUAUGUUUUGCCUCUAAAGGUUCAAACAAAGCUGUGUUUAAUAGCUUCAGGCAGUGGGGUUUUCCUUUUAUGAGAGUAAAACAUUUGUUUUAAUUUUUUAACUUUCUUCAAUCAAAGUUUCAAGUGGUGCAUUUAACUAUUAUGUUGAUGCUGGUGUAAGCAGAAUAACCACAGGGUUAAUGCAUUCUGCUUUCCCUUUUUCAGCAUUUAAUUUUUUUCUCCAACUUGACUGUUGAUAUUGAGACUUUGAUGAGAUAGGUAGCUUGUUCAACAGAUCUGGUUUCUUCCUGCCUAAAUAUGUAAUUUUUCAAGCUGAAAGAAGCAAGUCAUUAAAAUAGAGGCAGCUGGUGAUGUUAAAUGUUUGACUUUUUUCUAUCUUCUGUGAAGAUGUCCAGCCUCACUUUUGAAGUUGUUCUAAAUCAUAUUCCUCUUCCCAUAGAUUUUUUUUUUUUCAAAAUUAAAAAAGAUGUAUUGCCUCCUUUUAAAAUUUAUCAUUUUCAUCUUUCUUUUUCCUUAAUUUUCUAAGAUGUGGUUUUGGUUUUCAAUUAUGUUGCAAAUGAGUACUGUUGAAAUUUAAUGUAAAAGAUUAAUUGCAUUCUUUUUACAUUCAUCAUUUUCAUCAUUAAUUUCAUUUCUAUUUUUGCCAAGAUGUGGUUUUGGUUUUCAAUUAGGUUGCAAAUGAGUAUUGUUAAAAUUUAAUUUACAUGGAACUACUUCUCUUCUUUCAUCCCUUAACAUGUAAAGACUUAUGAAAAAUUGUUUUCAAAAUUUCAUCUUUCCUAAGUUUGCAAUUCUAUUUUUCUGUGUAUUUUGCUAACUUGCUACAAAUUAUUUUACAUGAGCAUUGCCUGAACAUUUUGUUAUUUUGACAACAGUUUGUCAGGUACUUCUGCUGAUGACUUCAGCACAGGCUGUUUAAAUGUUAGUCACUGUCGCCAAAUUUUUUUUUUCUUUACUUCUAUUAAUCUUUCUACUUCAAUUUUCAGUUUAUCUUAUUAAUUUAAUUAUUUUGCAGGCCAUACCUCCACUUCCUACUUCAUCUCCUAAACAGAAAAGAUAUGAACUACUUUUGGAUAAACCAGGAUCAUAUCCAACAAUGCCAAGAAGAGAAGAAAACCAUGUGCCUCACACAAAUUCAACCCCAGGUAAAGAGAAUUUGCAAUGACAAUGUAGUUUCCUAACACUUGUAAUACUGAUAAGUAAAAGUCUGCCUACGAUGUUGCCUAAUGUGACUUCUCCAGCUUCCUGGAUGGGUAGUUAAACUCAAUUAACCCUUAAGAAAUUCAUCAGGUUAUCAUGAAUUUUAAAGGGGGACAGGAUACCCUAAUGGUUAGCACACUUGACUCUAGGUCUAAAGGUCUGGGUAUGAGACCAGGCCAGGUCAUUAUGUUGUGUUUGUUGGCAAGAUGCAUUACUCUCACAGCACUUCUCUCCUGGCAGAAGUACAAAUGGCUGGAAGGGAAUUUUCAGGAUAAAAUGACAAAAUGCUGGAAGUAACCUGCAGUGGGCUGGCAUCCCAUCCUGGGGAAGUAGCCAGGAGUACUCCUAGAGACUUUAUGGGAUAAGCUCCAACUUGAUGCUUCACUAGGCUCCAGAACAGACUUAACCUAUUUACUUCCUGAAACUUGCCAGUUUAUACUCCAGGGUGUAGUCAAGACACCUCUAAAGGUGUUAAGUGCAAGAAAGAAAGAAAGUGAUGACAGUGCCUUGGGUGCAAACCCUGACCUGUCGAAGCAGAGCCCAAUACACUAACAGUUAAAAGAGAAAUAAUCCAUUGGUGAGAAAAUAAAGUGAUCAGCUGGUCAAUGAAACUGGAAACAAAAGUUCAUUUAGUUGUAGGUCACUUAAAUAUAUUAUCUGCUGAUAUAUUGAUCAACUGAGAUCUUUUCUCUUUGGAUCUCAGGGGUUGUGUACCUUCAGUAUGGUGAUGAAAUCAAACGCGCCAUGUUGCCAGCAGGUUUGGAUGAUCUUCAACAGGUGCAGUCAAUGUUCAACCAAACAUUCCCUGAUAAGAUCAAGAACAAUGCAGACAACAGAAAAACCAUCUACAUUAAAGACAACUCUUGUGGAGUUUUCUAUGAGCUCGACAAUGUUGGGUAAUAAUUUAUUUAAUAUUUCUUACAGGUAUUUGACUGUUAAGUCAUUAUGCCUGCUUAUUGAAAUGAAAUUUAAUAGUUAAUUCAUAGCAAACACAAAAAACUGGUAUUAAAGUUUCUAGAGAUUUAGAGCCAAAUUUGAGGAUGCAAGUUUCGAUUUCAAUUUUCUUCAGACUUACAUUUUUAUUAAUUUCUAGCAUUUUGCUGUCAUUUGUUUUUGUCUGCUGCCAAUGUUGUUGUUUUUUUUAUUUGUUCAGUACUUCCCCACUGAAGUACAUUAAAGUUAUGACAAUUGCGAUUGUACUUCUUUCCUCAGUGAUUUGUCAAACAAGUCGCAUCUGAAGGUUCUAGAGUCCAGGCCAUUCCAGAAUGGUCCUGUCUCACACCCUGUCAGCAGCUCCACAGCUGUACACACUGGAGCCCAGGUGACAAGCACGCCCUUACCUAAUCACAGUCAUGUUUCUCCAGCUGAUGCAAUUCACAGUGGCCAGGGUGUCAAAUAUACAAAGACAACUACUGUAACAAGACAAGCAAGUGGAGGGCCUAGCGUAACAACAGUUACCAGAGUUGUAGGCAGCACUAAUGAGAAAGAAGAGAGUACAGUUUCACACUCAGUGACUAGUGGAACUCUGAUGGAACAGAAGAAAGUUCCUCUGCCUGGUCUUGGUGCCAGUCACAAUCUGAAACCCAGAAGGUAUCAAAAGAUGUUUUGGUUGCGGAAAAAAAAAUGAAAUAUGUAAAGCCUCUUUUUACUUUCAGUACUAGAUUUUAAGGGAGCGUUAUCAGCAAAUUUGUGUUGAUUUUUUGUGAAAUGCAAAAGCAGCCCUCAUGGAGGCAAGACCUCUUACUCUCUUCCAGUGCCCCCCUUCACCCACUGGAGUAUGAAUGGUUAUCAGACAACUGUCAUGAAACUCCCUGAGGAACUUAUGGUGGAAACCCAAGAUAGAAGGGCAUCCCAUCUGGAGGGGGGGGAGGUGUAGGAAUAGGAUACUCCCCAGAUACUCCAUAUUACAGGAAUUGGGAUAAUUUCUGGUGUGUUGGCCUAGAGCUUGAGAGAAGACUUGAAAUAUUUAUCCUACCAUUCCCUCCAUUUUCCUCAUAAUUUGCAUUGAUGAUUUUCAGACCUUCUCGUGAUCCAGUUGAAGAUCAAAUUGACCAUCUCACCAACAUGCUGCAAGAUGCCCUGAAAACAGGAAGCCAUGACAGUUUACCAAUGAAAAAUUCAGAGGGAAGUGCAUCAAGCUCACAGAGCAGUUUUAUUGACCAUGGUUCCCUAGAAGGUAAUGAACCAAGGCAUUUGCAGCCCUUUAGAUCACGUGUGAGGAGUGAUUCUGGAAAUGAGUCCCUGUUGUCUGAUGUUUGUCCAUCCACACCUGUAGAAGGUACACUGCACUAGCAAUGAUCAGGAAUGAUUGCAAGCAACUUCUGGCUAAUUUUUUUCUCAUGCACAUAGUUCUUUGAAGUUUUCGUGUUUAAAGAAUAGAUUCUCAAGGUCCACUGCUUGAACAAUGGCAAGGUUUUACUAGACAUUUAUGGCAACAGCAAAAAUGAACUUCACUGAUCAAGACCAUUUUGCAUGAACUAGACUUAAAACACUCAGCUCACAAUUCACUUGAUUCUGACGAUGAGUUCACUCAAGUAGUUGAAAUGUCAGUCACCACCAAUUACAACAGUCCUUCUCAGAACUACUGGUUGAAAAAAAAAAAUAAAAAAAAAAAAAAAUAAACAAAUAAGAGUUGAUUACUGGUACCCUUACCUGGACAAUGAGAGUACGUGAUCAAUUGGUACCCAAUGGUUCAAACCAUUCACUGUUUCUUUUAAUUCUUAAAUGGACACAAUAAUAAAAUUGAAGAAAAUGUCUCAACACAGCAAAGGUAAACAUCUUGCAGACAGCAAGAAGUUCAAUUUCUGUUUCUGCCAUAAAAGUCACACUAAACCUUUCUAGUACUACUAUUGCCUUUACUAAAACAAAUAAGAAUCCUAAUCUUUGUGUUUCUGUGAUCUACCACUGUUGAUGUUAAAUUGUAUUUAUUCCUUUGUAUUUGAUCUUGUCUCUUUCUUCACUCUUGCUUUUCCUUGCUCAUCUUACUGAUCAUUGUUAUUUUUGUAUUUUAUUUGUUGUCCUUGCUGCAUUGAUUUUGGUUCAUGUUUUCACUAAACUACAUUUCCAUUGAUCUUACUUUUUUUUUUCUGAGUUUGUCUUUUGCAAUUUUGUUUUUACUCAACAUCAUCAAGUUAAUCCUUUCUAAUUGUUAAUGUAUUCUUAACUCUUUGAUGUUGCUUUUGUUGACUUUUUCUAUCGAAUAAAGUAAAAGAUUGUGAUCUAGCUUGUUUUCAACACUUGUUUGUACUGGGUGUGGUGAACUGUCCAGUUCUGUUGGAACAAGUUAAAUCACAAUUUUUUUUCACAAUGCAUUGGUCAAUUAUGUUAAUUGGUUAAUUGUCUUCCUUUGUAAAAGAUGCACGAGUGAGAGAAAAGUCAAGAAAUUUUUCUAACUUUUUCUGUCUAUCUGUGUUGACUCACCUGUGACCACAAAAAAAGCCACAGAUCAGAGAGAAACAGAUUGAAACAGACUGAAGUAUUGUGCUGUAUGAGGCCUUUUAAGAGGCUGUAGAUCGGUGGUUGUUAAAAAUCUAUCAAGUUGAAACAGAACCUCUGAAUUUCCCCUUCCUUACAGGAAAACCUAAACAGGUACCAGCACCUCCCCCAAGAGCCUCAAGUUCCAGAGAAUCAUCUUUAAAAUACAGUCAAACAUUGCAAAGAGAUUUCACCCCAAGAGGAACCAAGAGAGACAUUAGUGUUCAAUACCAGACACAGACUCUCCCUCUGCCUUCCACGAAACCAAAACAGAGAUUGCUAGACAGUCCUACACCUCUUUCAUCAAGCUCAUCUGGCAGCCAUGCCUCAGUCAAAUAUGAAGGUUUGUUUUGAAUGAGGUCUUGAUUAAGAAAGGAUUAUGCCAUAUUAAUUUAAAUUAUGAUUACCAUAAUUGUUUGAGAGAAAAUAAAGAGAAAAAAAAAAAGAAAUAGCACAGGAAACACUGUUUCAGACUUAGAUUUUUUUAUAUUUCCUACUUCUCAGUAUUGUGUUCUGUUUUUAGGUCGCGUCAAGGACCAUAAAGCUCUUGAAGUUAGAGCAUCAACACUCCGGGGUGACCUGAGGAUGCUUAGAGCUGAACUCACUCAACUGAAACAGUUCCAGACUUUCCAAGCGCAACAGUUUGAUGAAAUGAUUCAAAGGGCCAAGGAGCAGAUUGUGCAGCGUGUUGCUCAGACAAACAGUGGUGAGCUUGUUAAUCUUUCUCUUGCCAUUUGUUGAUGGACUUUUCAUUGUUUGUUCGUUCAAAACUAAGACCAAAACAAUUUGUUUUCCUCUGUAGGGGAUGACAAUGGUCUGAAAUCCAGAAGACAGAAAGUCCAUGUGGAAGAGCUGACUUAUAUUCGAGGAAAAAAUGAUAUAAACAGGCACAUAAGGUACAACUCAUCCACUGAGAAUUGAAAAAUCUCGUGCUUUAUUUUAUCUUUCUAUCUAGCUUCAAAUGAAUGUAUGUCAUUUUCUCAUAUCUUUUGUAUUUGUGUGAUUUACAGUGAGCUUGAGAGCGAAGUGGAGAUGCUUCGUCUAGAUGUUGUGCAAAAGAGGUGCAUUGCAAAUCCUUCUGAAGUUGACAGUCUCAACAGUCAGUUGGGGAUUAUAAGCCGUCAAGUUUCAGACCUAAAGAGUAAGUCAGGUGGUCACAUGAUAGUAAUAGAGCUGUCCUAAAACUACAUAUUAUUAUCACCUUAUCAGGCAUUGGGGUGCAUUUUGCUGGCUAAAAUGGAGAUUUUGUUAUUUUAGCUUUCUCACAUGCUUGCAUGAUUAUUCAAACUGUUUUUUGUUGUCAUUUUUCUCUGUUUUGUUUCCUCAAUGCCCUCCAAAGUGAUAAUUAUAAUGAUACAGUUUAUGUUGAUGGGCAAAACUUUUGGGCUCUUCUCAGCCAUUCUAUUGCUUGCCAUCACUGAGUCAGGCUUAAAACAUUUUUAUUAUUAACUGUGAACAUCAACGUUAUUGUUUUAUUAAUUGCUUCUUUUGUUUUGAAGAAAGAUCAAGGUUAGUUUUUACUUCUAAUACAACUUUUUUUUAUUCCAGGUAAAUUUGCAGAACUUCAUGACAACAUGAAAUCAGUCAUGGCCUCAGAGUUAGAGGUUAUUGUUCAGGGAGAUAAGUAAGUUUAAACAGAAGUUAAUCCUUCACACCCCAUCAUUAUUAUUGUUAUUAAUAUUCUCCAUACCCUAUGCUGCUGACUAGGAGAAUGUGUUUGACAGUUAGGGGCUUCUUAGAUUGGUGAUCAUUUCCUUUUCCUUGUGACCUUUACAAUUGAUUUAAGGGUGAUAUUGUAAGGUGAAAUUAGAAGCCAGUCGCACUUAGGGUAAAAAGGGUAUGGGAAUUCUCUGGCUGCUACAGAAAUGGGUUUGAAUUUUAUUAAAUUACAAUUUGUUAUCUGUAACCUGUGGUAAAACCAGCCUAAUAACAUAUUUAAUUGCUAUUGUACAUUAUUUCCUGGCAGAUUUUUGAAGGAAGAACCUUCUAAACUGGAGAACCUUGUCAGUCGAUGUAAACACAUUACUGGAACAUUAUUUACAUUACAAAAGUAAGAAAACAUUUGGAAUUUGUUAGUAUAUAAUAAGUAUAGUGCAAUUUGGUGUUAAUAAGCACGAGUAAAUUUUUCAAAGACAACAAAAUUAAAAUCAUGUACUUGUUAAUAAUGUACAUGAAUGUAGAUGAAAAAACACCACAGUCAAGACAGAUGUAAAUUUUGGCGGUGCGUAUGCUAUAUGUAGUUUGCACUCAUGUUACAACUUUGCACUUGUUAUGUUUGGAAUGCACUCAUUUUCAGCCAAUCAGAUGUUGAUUAUUUUUUCAUGUCCAUACUUAUGGUACUUAUGGUAUACAUAACUUUACAAAAAUUAAAUGACAGGCAUGUUCUGUGACUGACAGACACAUUUUGGUGCAAUUUGGUGUUAAUAAGCAUGAGUAAAUUUUUCAAAGACAACAAAAUUAAAAUCAUGUACUUGUUAAUAAUUUACAUGAAUGUAAAUGAAAAAAACAUCAGGCAGAUGUAAAUUUUGUUCUUUGACUCAUGUUACAACUUUGCACUUGUUACAUUUGGAAUGCACUCAUUUUCAGCCAAUCAGAUGUUGAUUAUUUUUUCAUGUCCAUACUUAUGGUAUACCUAACUUUACAAAAAUUAAAUGACAGGCAUGUUCUGUGACUGACAUUAGUAGUUAUAUUGACCUACCCCACUUUCCAACCACCUAGCAAUUCCUUGCUGAUGGUUUGGUAAUUUGGUAUGGUAAACAUUGUUAUACGAUGCAGUUAAGUCACAACAUAGUGAUCUAACCAGUAAGGAUGGGCUGAUAUGGUUUUUCUGAUUCAAUACAAUACUGAGUACAGUACUGACAUUUUCUGCAAUAUUGAUGCCGAUAUUGAUACUGUGAGGUAAUUGAGUUAAUGUCGAGUCAUGUGAUUUGAUUGACAAAGUAUAGGGUUAUCUCACACUGUGAAGUUAUGCCGUGAUCAAUAAUCUACAAAAGCAAUAACAAGACAAUCAAAAAUUUAAAACUGGAUGGGGGGGACAUACUUAAGUCAAAACUUGUGGUUGUGGAUGAGUUCACUCUUACAACGUUCACACGCUUAUGACUGGUACAUUGCUGUGCUCAUUGCCCAAUCUUGAGCCCAAAGUCUUUUUUGACUCCUUAUCAUCAGCUGGUGGCCUAAGUGAGACAAAAACACAGACAAGUCACAUGCAGUAUUGAAAGCAUCAAUACUUUUUGCUAGUAAUGAUAUUUAACAAUCAGACCUCAGUAUUGCUACUAUCAAAUAUUUUGUAUCAGUAUGGGCCCAUCCUUACUGACCAAGCCCAGGUUGUGGUGGGGGUAGAUAAUGCCAUCCACUGUUUAAACCUCUAUGUGGUGGAUAGCAUGGUGAUUUUUCUCCACACUUGUCCAUUGCAAUAGCAAUUUAUUCUUAGAACAGUGUUAUCUGGCCUCUGAACGAUUGGGCCAUGGCCUUAAACUGAAAUCCCUCUAUAAAGAGUCCCAUACCUCAGCUACUAGGAAGGAACAUGUCUGGCUUGUUUAAUAUUGACAGUCAUGUUAUUGUUUACAACCAGGGCACUGUGCCAAAGUCAACCAAGAACUUCUGUUUUGUUAGUGAUUGUUUAAUUGACCACUGAUUGCUUUUUUUACUUGCACAAAGUAAUGACGUUAUUGCUGGACUUAAUCCCUGAUCGUGUCAUUUUGUUCAUUUAGGUUGGUGACUGCACAGCAACAAAUUAAAAGUGAAAGUGAAGCUUCAUUCAGCUCUCUAGAGGUUUGUAAAAGGAAGUUUGAUCUCAAAGCAUCCUUUGUCAAAUUCCCACAAUUUCAAAAAGAAGUCUCAAAAUUUAACAACAGUUAUUUUCUGGUAUGAUUUGCAGGAAGUUGAUAGGGAAGUGAUUGAUAGUAUACGUUCAGUCCAAAGAGAAUACAUCGACAAAAGAGGUGUAGAGCAUAAUUUUACAGAGGUAAGUUCUACAAAACACUUUACCACUCAUCCACAAGUGACAGUCUUAGAAUUUUUCCUCACAAUUUAAGUACUCGAUCAAGGGAGAAAAUGAUGAGAAUAUUCAAAAUUGAGAACUAGGAAGUGUUAUAGUGAUUGAGGAAACUUAAAGGAGGAAAUACAUUUUGUCUUAACUGUGUUACAAAGAUUUUAGUUGCAUCAACUGUAAACAAAAGACAGGAUAUCUGUUUCCUCAAGACAUUAAAACAAUCCUUACCUUCAAGGUUAAGAUUUUUCUUAAAUUGCAUAAUUAAUAUACAAGGAAAUUUAUAGUUUUUCUGAUAUUAUCUGAUCAGAAGGGUCAACAAGCUGUCCAAGCAAGGAAGGGGUCUGUGACUCAUCCCUUGCAGUUUCAUUUCUUAUGCUGCAGUGCCUUGAAAGGCUGUGGGACAGAACUCAAUCAGUCCCCUGUGGAGGCAUAUUGUUAAUGAGCAGCUGUUUAUAAUCUCUUAAUGAAAAGUUUGUCAACCAUGUUUGAUUUUAUGGCUGGAGAGGGACUGGUAGGGAUAAAAUUUUUCUUUGAAGGGAGGGGUAGGACAAUAGGAAAGUGAAGGUUAGGGAGGAUGGGAAGGAGUUCCUACCAUCUUAAUCUAUUCUUAAUCUAAAUCAACAGUUGUGAGCUAGCAAGGCUCAUCUGCUCUUGCCAAUACAUUUCUGGCACAGUAGGCCAUAAUGCAAUCUUGCUUAACCCUUAAAUCCCUGAGAGUGACCAGCAUCUAAUUUCUCCUUUCCAUAUCACCCCUGAAUUAAACAUUGAGGUCAUAAGAAUAAAGGAAAUGAUGAUCAACAGAAGAACUUCUUGAUUGUUAAACAAAUUCUCCUUGCCAGCACAUUAGGAAAUUUAUAGAGAACAAUAUGGAGGUGGUAGGGUGUGAAGGGAUUAGAUUUAAGAUUUAAAUGCUUCUUUUUUGAAGGGUCCAAAGUCUCCCGCAAGGGCACGUCAGAGAGUGCGCUUUUAUGAUGAAGUGACCCAACUACCAUGAAUCACAGAAAAUUGCUCACAUGGGUAUUACUGUGGAAAAAUGCCUCCUGUAGAUGAUCUUGGUGCAACCAAGUGGAGAGAUGCAAGAAUGGCAGCUAAUCCAUUGCGGUUUGGAUAAGAUAGAUCACUUGGAGAGUUUUCGAGCAAUGGAAGUUUGCUCUUCUUGGGGUGUGAUACUGUUAGCAAUGACAUUCCAACACAAAUUAGAAAACAGAAUGUUUUCUAUUCUCCUGGUGUCAAAUAUCAAGGAAAUUUUAGUAGUAUAUUUUAUAGCUUUCUCUUUUCAAUACAGUAGUAAGUUAAAGCAAGUUAGUGCAUCUUUCUGUGGGGUAAACCAUUUUCGAUCACAUUUUUUAAAAAUCUUACCUUAAAAUCCAUGAAGUGUCAAAUAUGGGUAAAAAUUACUCUUGCUGAUUCCCAAACAAGGAGUCAAAUUUUUUCAGCAUUUUGGUCAAGGAUAACUUAGUCUUAUUAAUUUAUUCUACAAGAAAUCCAAUUGCAGGUGUGAUUCCUAAUCAAGCAUUUGGCUACUCAUUUUUCUGUUUUAUUAUAAACAAAAACAACAACAUAGCUUUUAUAGGCUGCUAUAGAAAUGAUUUUAUUAUUAAAAAUGUUGUACCUUGAUCGUGACAAAAAAAAUAAAUAUUUCAUACAAUUUUUCUUACAUCUGGUACAGAUCUUUGAAUGUAAAUAUCGCUGUUGAGAAAAACCUUAUUUCCAUUCAGUUUUCUUGAAUAAAAAAUUAGACAUCAAGUAACUUCUACUCUUGAUAUGAGACUGGUAAUUCUUACUGCCAUUCAUACUCUAGUGAGCUAAUUGGGAGAGGUUGUUAAUAUAUCAAGGACAUAUUGGUUUUUCAAUUCUUGCUGCAUUUGAGUCAUGUGUUCCAUAAUGCUCUGUUAUUUUGAGGUGUUUAUUGUUCACCUCUGGUAGUAAGAAUUACCGGUAGUAUUAUACUAUAUGUUUACCCACCAUAUUUUCUGCUUAUCUUGGUGUGGGAAUAUUGUUUGAAACUCCUGCAAUUCAUUGCUUUUAGAGGCAUCAUUAGUGUACUACUGGAUGUUUUUGGAAAUUGCUUUGAAGCUUUCACACUUACCUUUGGAGUAAAUUAGAGAGUAUUUAAAUAUUUUAAAGCUCAGGUGUUAUGGCUGAACUUUUCCAGUGGCUCAACCCUCCAACUCCCAGAAGUGAUUCACAUGAAACUUCUCCUUACAAUGUCCAUACACUAUCCAGCAAACAGGUAAUGAGAAUACUCAAAUGUAUCAGGUAGAAGUUGUUACCUUCAUCAAACAACAAAUUCUUGUAACUAAUUUAAAUGGAAAUGUGUAGCAGCUAGCUAGAGGGGUGAAUUAACAAUCAGAUCUUGGAAGUUAAAGGCUUAAGAGCUAUUUAACUACUAAUUGACUGAUUGUAGCAGAUUUCUGUCAGAGCCUCCUGUUUGGGGGAGGGGGAGGGGUAAAUACACAUGAGGAAGGGAGGAACAAUACAUGUUUGCCUAUCAUUGGCAAAUUGUAAAGUUCAAUGUAAUUUUUAAGAAAUAAUAAAUGUACAAAAC